AUGUCAGCUAAAGAUUUACCAAAAGGAGGAGUUAAUAGGGGUGUUGUUAUACCUUUAAUAUUCUCAUGCCCUAAAUAAUGUGAUUGUCAAUCUAGUAAACUUAAAAGAUGGUAUCAUAAACCAUGUGGAUAACCUGCAUUCAUCAGUGAGUAUGGAGAUAUUUUCUGUAAAUAUCACUUAACAAGCUGUUAUGGAUAUUUUAUUAAAGAUGCUAAGUUUUAAUGCAAUGUAGCAAAGAAAAAUAAUUCUUGGUAUUCCUAUAAGAGUAUGCCAGAGAUUUUGAUGGCAUUGUCGUUUGCCCUAAAAGCAGUAGAAUUAAAUGUGUAGGAAGGUGUUAAUUCAUAAUAAUUUACGAUUAAUAUCCUUGAUUAACUAAGGAAGAGAUGGUAUAGUUGA